AUUCAGUCAGAACUUCAGUUUGAUCAUUGGGACCAGGUCCGUAACAAGACUUGUGGAAGGACACUCGAGACUUUCGCCAUGACUCAGCAAUCAGCUCUCUACCCAAUCCUAUGGGCAUGCACGUCAUCAUGGUAUUUCGGAUUUCACCUGUCCGAAUUGAACUUUCCAAGUGCUUCCCUGAUGUGUACUGAGGUGGAGAAAGGUAUCUUUGGUCUUCAAAAUUGCCUCGAUAUCACCAUAUACCGAUACGGAUUGAUCACGGCUCUGUUCACGGUUGGAGGUUUGGUAGGCAGUCUGGCCAGUUCGUGGUUGGUUCAGAGUAGAGGCGUCAAAGGUGGAAUCACCAUCACAGCAUGGUUGAAUGUCGUCGGAGCGCUCGCCAUGGCAUUCGCACCUAACUGGAUCGUUCUAGCUUUGGGACGAUUUAUCGUUGGUCUCUCUAGCGGCGCUGCGAUCUGCCUCGUUCCUCCUUUCCUCGCUCUCAUUGCGAAAUCUUCACCAUCCCUCCGUAAUCGAUCAGGUCAAAUUGGAACGCUCAACCAAAUGGGAAUCGUCAUUGGUCUCUUUACAGCUCAAGUGGCAGGGCUGGCUCUCACGGGCAAGAAAGGAAACAUUCCCGGGAAAUGGAGAUACAUCGUCGUACUCUCUGGCAUUGUCGCUCUGCUACAAGUCUUCGCCGCUUCGGUCGUCCAGUCGCCCAGUACAGACGAACAGAAACGUUCUCCGUCCGUUGCAAGGGCAGCCGAUCCCGAGGCUGACGAGGGCUCUCCCCUUCUCGAUGCUCAACCCAGUUCCAGCUCUGACAAACAAAUGUCGAUCCGGGAGCUCUUGUCAAACUCGUCGACUCGAGGUCCUACGAUCCUCUGUGCUGCCAUUUUAGGUCUUCAACAACUCUCCGGUGUCAACGCUGUCAUGUUCUAUUCUACUCCCGUUCUGAAGCCUAUCCUGCCUACGGCCGCGGGUCUCAUCGGCCUCCAGAUCACAGGUAUCAACGCACUCAUGACUGUCGUCGCCAUCUUCCUCGUUGACCGCCUUGGACGCCGACCUCUGUUGCUCGCUUCGGCAGGUAUGAUGGCCAUCUGCAGUGCCUUGUUGGCGCACGGCCUCGACAGCUCGAUGAAUGUGCUCAGUGCAACUGCCAUCAUUCUCUUCAUCGUCGGCUUCUCAUUCGGUCUCGGACCUAUCCCAUUCAUCCUCGUCUCAGAGAUGGUCCCUUCGCCCGGUAUCCCCGCUCUCGCUUCCUUGUCACUGUCUUUGAAUUGGGUGGCCAACUUCUUCAUCGCCAUGUUCUUCCUCCCUCUUCGAGAUGCACUCGCCUCACCACCCAAGAAUGGAGGUACCGAGAGAGAAGGCGUCGGCAGAGUCUUUUACGUCUUUACCGCCGUCUGCACAUUGAUAUUCAUCAUUGUGUGGAGGGGUCUAGGCGCUAAGCAGAGAGGAGAGUAGAGCCUAAGGGCAGCGAGUGCGAUUCAAUCGUACGAAUCUCCACUUCGGCAUUCUUACAGGGUAAUCUAGUCAUCGACAUCAUCUUUCGGUCAUCAU